GCUUUUAUAACGCUGCUGGUAGUGAAGUGAUAUCGAAUGAGAAGCGCGCGUAAAAUACGCAAAUAAACCGCCAUUGAAGGUGAAGGCCAUAGGGUUCAAAGUUCGGAUUUCGACUGCUGUAAACAGACGACAGCUGAUGAUACAUUUGAGAGGCUAAGUCACGAGAUAAUGCGUUUCUUUUCCCCCGAAAAGUAGGUAGAUCUAGUGAGGUGGGUCUUAUGUGUAUAAAGCUAUGACGAGCGAGUUCGGUUCGCUUGGUGAUGGAAUUGGAAGUUCUCGGAAUACAUCUUCUGUUCGAAGUUCAACUGAUAAAUUGUACCCCAGCUUGUUUCCUUCGGAUGAAGAGGUGGAAAGUGACAACGCAAGUGAAAUAUCGUUAGACAGUGAAGCGAGAGCUACACCUCCCCUCGUUAGACUGAAAAACCCCCUAUUCCCUAAAAAAGAGUACGUAGACAAGUUGAGACCAGAGGAAAUUCGGUGGUUUUACAAGCAAGAUGGUGAUAAGGAAUGGUCUCCGUUUAUCGGCUAUGAUUCAUUGAGGAUAGAAUGUCGAUUUCGAGCGUUACAAACAGUAGAGGAUGAAAAUGAAAUUGACAAUGACGUCAUUCUGGUUUUAGGAGGUUUAUAUCAAGUGGAUGUCUCAAAAAAGAAAUGCACCCCUGUAUAUUGGUCAGGUGAUGAGUCUGACAUCACUCAGGGGCUGUGGUUCUAUGAAUACAAUGGACAGCCACUAGAGGACAAGUAUGGACUACAGAUAGAAACAGAACAUGUUGCCAAGUUCAUGGGGCACAAGUUAGACGAAGAGCAGCCGUCUCUAAUGAAGGGGCCAAAACCAGUUAAGCACACCAUGAGAUUUACUGACUUUUACAUAGAGUGGAAUUCUCCUAGUGAGAUUUAUCUCUAUAGUGAGGCAGCAUCAUCCAGAUUUGUACGAGGAUUUAAAAAGAAACUAGGAAUGCAAAAAGCUGGUACAAAGUUACUUCGAGGCUUUAAGUAUGAAGCAGUGAUGGAUGACAAGCCCUCGGAUAUUUCUCAUCUUGUGUUUGUCAUUCAUGGCAUCGGACAGAAGAUGGAGACUGGAAAUAUUGUCAAGAGAUCUAAAGAGCUAAGAGAAAAAGUAUCCCAGAUGAAGACCAAGCAUUUCAGUCUGAUAGAGACUAGCUCUCAGCGGGCAGAGUUUUUACCUGUAGAGUGGAGAUCUAACUUAAAACUGGAUGGAGACAUGGUGGACUUGAUAACACCACAUAAAAUGAGAGGGAUGCGAUCCAUUCUUAAUGACAGUGCCAUGGAUAUACUGUACUACACCAGCCCUUUAUAUAGGUCAGAGAUAACCCAUAGUUUACAGACUGAGCUUAACCGAUUGUUUGAGAUGUUUUGUACCAGAAAUCCAUACUUCCAGGUCAAUGGAGGAAAGGUCUCCAUUGUUGCCCAUUCUCUAGGUGCUGUAAUUUCUUAUGACAUCAUAACUGGUUGGAAUCCCAUACAGCUAUAUGAUGAGUUUGUCAAUACGGUCAUCGAGGAGGAACAGCAAGACUCUGAUUCAAGUGAAAUCAAGAAAGAAAUCCACGAGGCUAAGGAAAAAGCCACAGCUGUUGAAUCGAUUCUGAAAGAUGUUCAAGAAAAACACAGGAAAAAAUGUGGACCAACAUUGUCUUUCACAAUAGAAAACAUGUUCUGCCUUGGUUCUCCGCUAGCUGUGUUCCUGGCACUUAGGGGGUUCAGGCCUCAAGGAAAAGGGACCCUAGAUCACAUAAUGCCUCCCAGUCUCUGUAAACGCCUCUUCAACAUAUACCACCCCUAUGACCCUGUUGCUUACCGACUUGAACCACUCAUUCUGAAGCAUUAUGCCACCAUCAUGCCUCUACCAAUUCACCGAUUCGACAGCAAACAGAAAGAAGCUUAUAAUGAAAUGAAAACCAAAGCUUAUGCUGCCUUCAAGCCCUCAGCAUCAGUAGACAAAAUAACAGACAAAGGUGACCCAGUAGAUGGGAAUGAUAACAUCGAUUCUGCUCUUCAUAAUAGCCGAGACUCCUCUCCUGCUCAUAACCAGGGGUUUUCUGUCUUUAAAUGGUUGAAAGGAAAAGAAUCUGAUGAUAUGUCAGCUGAGCUGAAGAUGCUUGAAAAGAUGGAGAAAGAUGUUCAGGAAAUUGAAAAGCACAUCAAAGAACGCAAAGAUGUCCUGCAGGAAAUUGACCACACAGACUUGGAAUACAGACUGGAUUAUCAGCUGCGGGAGGCUAGUUUCUCCAGUAGCUACAUCUCUAUGUUGACCUCCCACACUUCGUACUGGACUGACAGAGAUGUGGCUUUCUUCAUUCUUUCUCACAUUCAUCCGGAGCUCCAAGAGUUAUGACAUCAUUUGGGCUAUUGCAUUCCUUAAAACUAUUAUCUGAUCGUAGACCUCCAUUUUAAACAUUCCUUUCCAUUUGUCUGUUUGAUGAAAGUCAAAUGAAUCAUGCUCAAAAACAGAUUUUCACAGAAGAUUAAAUUGGUUGUACCCUUCAUACAGCAUACAGAUGAAAUAGUACAUAUUCCAUUUUCUUUCUGGAGGGUGCCUUAAUUUAUAAAAAUGUACAAAUGAGAAGAAUUUGUAAAGAACUGCAUAUAGUUUCAACUUUAUCAUAUUUUUAGACAAGUUUGGAAAAUUAGGAAUCAUAGAAUUAGCAAUAUUUUAGCAAGACAUUAGAUUAUGAUGCACAUGUCUCAAUAUGCUGGGUAAAUUUCCACAUUACUAAGAAAUGAGUUGUGUUCAGUGCAUAGUAGAAGAUAUACUAAUGUGCAGUUUUAAAAGUAAAGUUCUGUAGCGGGUAAACAUUAAGAUACGAGAAGUUUUAUGAUGAUAGCUAGUUCAUGUAAUCUUCCAGCUAGGGCCUACACACCAAAUUUUGGACCUAGGAUGAGGCCUUCAAAGGUUGGAAAAAGUACCGGUAGCAUUUAAUAAAAAAGAUAAUUAUUAAAUACAUGUAAAUGAAGAAAUGAAAAAGAUAAUAAAACCAAUCAAAUGAAACUGAGAACACCUCUGUUUUGGGAGAGAUGCUUCAGCAGAGACUUGUAGAUGUAACAGUUUGCUUGUCAGAGAAAAUUAUCAUGAUAAAAAGUCUUUAAUGAUAUUAAUAAUCUUUUUUCUUUCCUUUUUUUUUUUUUUUUUUUUUGCCGCUAUUUACAUUUCUCAUAUGAAAAGUUGUACUAAAACAAUAGUAUAUUAUAGUCUAUUCCAGAUAUGUUGAAAUUCAGGGACCGACCUGAACUGUUCAUUAUAUCCAAAGUGCAGUACCUAUAUCUGAUAUUGAACAAUAUAAAUACAUGGGGAUUUAUUUUUUAAGUUUUCUUCAUUUCAUAACCUGAGAGCCAAAGUGCAUCCACAACAGUGGUCUAAAGAUUUUUACUUAUAGUGCCUCAGUUUUAGCUCACAUGAAAUGAAAGCUCAAAUGAGUGUUUCCUGAUCACAUUUUGUCCGGCAUUAGUCUGUCCAUAAACUUUUAAUAUUUUUGAAUUCUUCUCAAGAACUACAAGGCUAAUUUCAGCCAAACUUGCCACAAAGCAUGCUUAGGUAAAGGGAAUUCAAGUUUGUUCAAAUGAAGGGUCAUGCUCUCUCCAAAUGUGAAAUAAUUAAGAAAAUGCAAAAAUAGGGUGUGGUCAUUUCAAGAUCUUCUCAAGAACGACUAUGCCAAAGAAGUUGAAAUUUAUAUGAAAGCUUCCUGACAUAGUGUAGAUUCAAGUUUGUUCAAAUCAUGGCUGCUGACAGCAGGAUGGGGCCACAAAGGGGGUCAAAGUUUUACAUGGGAUAUUUAUGAUAAAUCUUUAAAACUCUUCUCAAGAACAACAGGGCCAUGAUUACUCAUUGAUAUGCAAGCAUUCCCAGGUAGUGCAGAUUCAAUUUUGUUCAAAUUGUAGACCCCAGGGUUAGGAUAAGGGGAGACAUGUUUUUUUAGUCCUGUCUGUCUGAAACUUGAGCCUUGCUCAUAACUUUUAAGUGGUGAUUGAUAAGGCUCUCAUAUCCUUGUGAUAAAGCCUUUUUUCUGGUAUGAAAGUUCUUGACAUUGUGACCUUAAUCGUUUAGUUUGACAUACUUAUAAGAAAACCUAACCUAGGCAAUAUCUUCUGAACUAUUUAUUAAAGGUAUGACUUUCAUAUUUAGCAUAUAGGUUCUUUAUGGCAAGAAAUUUCAUUUGAUGUCAUGAUGUUUUACCAUGUGACCUUGCCCUUAAAGUUUGAUCCAAAUUUGAAAACUUUAAUCGAAGUUCAACUUUGCUCAUAACUUUUGAACGCUGAGUGAUACAUCUUUCAUAAGACCUUUCUUUUGGUACUAAAAUUUUAACCUUGUAGCCUUGACAUUGUAUCUUGACCUACUUUUAAGAAGUGUUAACCUAGGCAAUAUCUUCUAAACUGUUUCAGAUAGGGCUUUCAUAUUUUGCAUAUAGAUUCCUUAUGGCAAAACCUUGCAUUUCAUACCAUGAUUUUUUAAUCUUGUGACAUUGAAUCAUGGUUAUAUUGUGAUUCUAUGAGGGUAGGUUGGGGCCACAAUAUGGGGUCAAAUGUUUUCAUGGGAAUAAAGAUUGCAAAAAUACUUUUAAAAAUUACAAUAGCUGAAGAACAGCAGGGCCAAGGUGAACAAGGUGGCCCAUGGGCCUCUUUUGUUUUUUUUAGGUGACUUACAUGUGAGCCAUGGGCCUUUUGUACUUAUUAGAUGGUGUAAAGGGGGGGGGGGUCUUUUUCAAAGCUUUGAUCUGAUUGACCUACUUUUAGCAGAGUUAUGGCCCUCAAACUUACAAAACUUCUGCUUUAGUUACAGAUAUUAAGCAGAGUUAAGGCCCUUGUAUUUGAUUUUUCACAAACAGAUGUCUACCUGAUUUUCCUAGUAUAAAUUUGAUGAGUUGGAUCACAUUUUAGUUUGUUUCAAUUGAAAUACUAUGUUGACCAUACACCUUUUUACUUGAGCUAUUGUAUCAUAACAACUACCAAGGUUCUUAAUCAGCAUUAAAAUGGUCUGAAUAUAAAUGAACUGGGGCUAUUUUGAUCCAUGUAUGUUAAUGUUUCUGCCAUUAUUUUAUGGUAUUAAGGGUUGUGUUUAAAUCGUGUUAUACAAGAUUCUCAUGCUAGAGAAAAUUAGCCAGCAGCCAUUGAAACAUUCCAAUACAGACAAGACAAUCAUUUUUUUAAGCUCAUCUCUUUCCUGUUUUGUAAAGUAAUAAUGGGAAUUCAAUAUGUAAAAUAAAUGCUAUAGGGUAGAUUUAUGUGUGCUAAAAAGGUUUCUGCGAUUUGAUCUUCGUAGAUUUAGCCAUCUUUAAGGAUGACAUAUUUGUAGUGAAGGACAUUUUUUCUUUAUGUUUUCGGUGGUAUAAACGUGUCCUUGUUUCUGUAUCAUUGUCAUUGUGGGGUCUACACAGUCUGUGAUAUUUUGUAUUUUUUUUAAGGUUUAAUUUAAUUGUCCCCCAACAAGAAGUUCGGAAGUACAAUUAAUGCUUAUGUUACAUGUAUUAUAUAUAUAUAUAUAUAUAUAUAUAUAUAUAUAUAUAUUUAUAUAGAUAUUUACUUUUUGUUUCACAGUUUACUAGGUGCUUUUUUGCACAAAUAUGACUUGUUCAGUUUGUAAUUACAUGGACCAUCUGCUGUAACAGAUCAAAGCUGUGUUGAAUAACUUACUUCUGUGACUCCUUUUGUUAUUUAGACCUUCACAGUUCACAUAGAUGACACAUAUACUAAUUUAAGAAAGUUGGUAUUAGAAUUUGCACAUGGAAAAUUAAUUCAAAGACAGACCUGAGAACUAAUUUAAAACCCUUUUAUCAACUGGUUCUCCUAGGUUUCCCUAUCCUAGCACAGGGAAAAUUUCAUUCGUACAUUUUGUGUCAAAUGUGCCUUCUAUGAAAAAGUUAUACUGAAAAUUGUGAGAGUUUGUUUCGAAAACAAGAAAAUGUGUAUAAAAUAAACUGCAUAUACACUCACUGUCUCAAAUUUCUUUUUAGGUCAGUUUAUUUGCUUCUUACCACUUAAAAAUAGCAAUGUGACAGAACAUGUAAAAUAAAAGUAUUAAGUAAUACAUGAAGUAGCAUUUAAACCAUGUGAAACAAUGUAUAAACACAGUCAUGACAGUGCUAGUUUUUUUUUUUUUAGCACAUUAGUUCUUAUUCAGAAAAUCUCUACAUAAAGAACAGUUUACAUGGACAUAGAAAUUACAUUCUAGAUUAUAAUAAUACUCAUUUCCAACUUGUAUACAAUUUAAUGUUAUAUUGUUUUUCAUUUUGUUGGGUGUCACUCGGUCUGCAGUCUGAAGACAAUGAUCAUAAAAACAUUCUUCUAAACCUUUAUUUAGUUACAGAGUUAGUGUUAUCCAAAUUCUAAACUAUUACACAUUUGGAUGAUUUAUUCAUAUCAAUAUAUGGUAAUACCAGGGUUUUAUGUUUCGAUCUUUAAAGGGGCAUGGACACGAAUUUUUAUCGAUUGAAAUUGACAGUUUUUUGUUAUAGAAAUAAAGAUCUUUCAUAAAUAAGUGGAUUAAAAAUAUUUUUACACAGGAUAUGCUUUGUAUUUACAUAAAACUUGGCUCCCAAAAUCAUAUUUGUCAAAAUGCUUGUCCUAGCCAGGAAACCAUGUGUGGAGGUGAUUCUAAAAAGUAUCUCAGAAGCAUUCAAUAUUUCUACAUACGUUAAUGAUAAAUCAAUUUAGGGAGGCGCAAAGAAGGGAACAGAACAUUUUUGUUAUAAAAGUUUUUUUUCCUUGAAGCCAUCAACUUCGUAAACACACUGAUAGUUGGGUCAUGUGACAUGCAAACAUAGACUGGGCCCAUGCCUUGUUUUGAAAAUGAAAAGUUUAUAAAUCUUUGCAUCAGUUUUUGAAAUUUAGGUUUGUUGCUGUUUUACAUGAAUCAAAUACAUGUACUAUCACAUCAUCAAUUAGAUAUCUAAAUAUUUUUUGUACCAAAAUCAUGUCCCUGCCCCUUUAAUAAUCUGAUAGUUGACAAGCAUGUACAUGUAUCAAUGAGAAGAAUUUGCUCAUCCUGGAUGUUAGAUGAACAAAAUUCCAGUAGAUUUUUGAUGGGCAAGAUUUGCCUGGUACAAGGUCAUUGUAGGAUGAUUUUUUGUAUUGUGUAAGCUGUCCAGUAUUGCUAAAAACCAUACACAUGUACUAGCAAUGUACUUGAUUUUAUGACCCAGAGUUUGAAGAUUGAGGGGUGGGUGGGUUGUUUUUGAUGUCUUUCUCUUUGUCUUAAAAUUCUUGUUGAAGUAAUGGGUUGAAGCUAUUGUGUCAAAUUUAAAAUCAAGGUCAUGUGUACCACUCUCAGAAGCACAGUGUUUUACAUACGCAUCUUGUUUUUUUUUUUAUACCUCACGCAACAAAGUUGCAGAGGGUAUAAUGUUUUUUACCCAUCCAUCAGUCCCUUUCUUGUUAGGGCAACUCCUCUGAGACCGCUCAACAGAAUUUCAUGAAACUUUGCAGUUAGUAAGGACACUGUGUAGAUGUGCAUAUUCCCAGAAAAUUCUGAUUCAAUAAUUUUUUUUGGAAGUUAUGCCUCUAUUGAACUAAGAAUUUUGAGCCCGUAUGUCCUGUUCUUGCAGUAAUGCAUAGCAUUACCAUUCAUUAUGUGAGGCAUUGUUAAGCAAUGCUGGAGCGUGGGGUAUGUGAGCCUGCUCACCUCUGCUUUCUUUCAUUUUUAGCUCACCUGAGCUGAAAGCUCAAAUGAGCUUUUCUGAUCGCCUAUUGUCCGUCGUCUGUCCGUAAACUUUUUACAUUUUCGACUUCUUCUCCAGAACCACUGGGCCAUAUUCAAUCAAACUUGGCCAAAAGCGUCCUUGGGUAAAGGGCUUUCAAGUUUGUUCAAAUGAAAAGCCAUGCCCCCUUCAAAAGGGAGAUAAUCACAAAAAUGCAAAAAAUAGGGUGGGGUCAUUUAAAAAUCUUCUCAAGAACCACUGGGCCAGAAAAGCUGAAAUUUACAUGAAAGCUUUCUGACAUAGUGCAGAAUCAAGUUUGUUAAAAUCAUGGCCCCCGGGGAUAUGAUGGGGCCACAAUAGGGGAUCAAAGUUUUACAUACAAAUAUAUAGGGAUAAUCUUUAAAAAUCUUCUCCAGAACCACUGAGCCAGAAAAGCUGAUAUUUACGUGAAAGUUUCCUGAAAUAGUGCAGAAUCAAGUUUGUUCAAAUCAUGGCCCCCAGGGGUUGGAUGGGGCCACAGGGGGAUCAAAGUUUUGCAUACAAAUAUAUAGGGAAAAUCUUUUAAAAUCUACUUCUCAACAACUACUGUGCCAGGAAAGUGGAAAUUUAUAUGAAAGCUUCCUGACAUAGUGCAGAUUCAAGUUUGUAAAAAUCAAUGCUCCCGGGGAUAGGAUGGGGCCACAAGGGGGGGGUCAAAGUUUAACAUGCAAAUAUAUAGGGAAAAUCUUUAAAAAUUAAUCUUCUUCUGAAAAAUCACUGGGCCAGAAAAGUUUACAUUUACAUGAAAGUUUCCUGACAUAGUCCAGAUUGAAUUUUGAAAAAAUCAUGGCCCCCAGAUGUAGGUUUGGGCCACAAUAGGGAUCAAAGUUUUACAAGCAAAUAUAUAGGAAAAAUCUUUAAAUAUGUGAGCGAUGUGGCCCAUGGGCCUCUUGUUCAUAUUGAAGCAACAUACUAGUAAACUGUUAAUCCAUGAUACAACCAAAAUUAUUAUAGCUAACCCAAAUAUGAAAACAUGUCAAUAAAAUGUGUCCUUUUUCAUCACGCACAGAAAAUCAGUAUUGUGGUUAUCAAACCACUACCAUAUUUAUUCCGCAAAUGUCAAGGAUCAGAGAUGGUCUAUCCAUCUGCCUGAGCUAUAGAAUUGUGUGUCUGAUGAAAUUCUACUGAAUUUUGCCAUACACGGGUGCAUAGCAUUUUAUAAAUCAUCUUGUUAUCCUUGAAAUUCAUUGUGUAUUUUAUAUUCUAAACUUUCAUUCAGCUAUUAAGGGUAUUAAGAAAUCCCUUUGUUUCAGUUCAUUAUUUUAGGAUUGUGUAUCUUUCCGGUUCAGUAUGCUCAGUCGUAACGUAAGAAAAACCAUAAAUUGGCAGUUAGUUUGUUUUGUUAACCAACUCUUUUUAUUGGAUAGUUUGAGUUGAUGACCUUAUAUAAGAUCCAUUCUUCUUGCAGCAAUCAUUGUCAUGUAGCUUUUGAGUAGUAUCAUACUCAUCGUAUUGAGCGCCCCAUCCCCUAUAAGCACACUUGGGAUUUUUUUCAACUUUCAAAUAUCAAAAGCCCCCGAUUUCGAUACAGUACAACUUGCCUUGUAUUGAAAAAAGCUACGAUAUCUUUGUGUAUUUACGUUGUUCUGAUGAUUUGACAUAAUAAAUCAAUCAACAAGACCUGAGUGGAUUAUGCUAUGAUAAUAAAAAGUAUAACAAUAACUCGUUUAGAAUUUAAUAACUAAACAUUUCUCAAAAGUCAAAAUUUCGCUGGAAGCAUUUCAAACCAAACUUCUAAAUAACCACACCCCUUUCUCCAAUUUUCGAAACAACCAGGGUGCUCAGUAGGAUGAAUGUGGUAUAUUCAUACACUGGGUAUAUACUGUUUUACUUCAGAUUUUAUUGUCAUGAGAUUUUUUUGUUCUCUCUACAAACCUGGCUAAGUUGUAUGUGAUAUAAUUAUGUACUUCAAUUGUGCAAUUUUGCAUGAGAUGCUUAUUUUAAGUACAUGUAUUUGUUUUGUUAUGACUGUUAAAUCAGAUAACUAUUUUUUAAUAAAGUUGAAGAUGUAAGACUC